GCGACAACCGAGGUCAUUUCGGCCAUUUUGGCAGCGCAAGCCAACGGCGCCGAGUUUGCCAGUCUGCCCCCACACCUGGCACCGCCGGACGCCGGAGAGGCGCCAAACCUCGAUCUCACCGAUGGUGUCGCAUGGACUGCAAGCACUCUCGCCAAGGCCAAGCGCCAAUACCUCUCCUUCCUCCGUGCCAAUGCCGCCCAAAUGGGGUCAGCGAAGAAGCGUACAACGCCGUUUGAAGCCGCUGUCUUAUUCAUGCACUUUCUCAACAAUGAAGCCCAACGUACCACUUUUCUUUCCUAA